CCACAUCAAUUUCCUAGAACAGUCAACAAUGAGCAUCCAAGACGAAGUUCCUUCUAGCUGGGAAAGCCUUGCACCGGAGCUGGUCCGCAAAAUCGCCAGUAAACUGCACCCAAACGACUCUGCCGCAUCGCUCAAGUUCGUCAACAGCCAGACCGCAGAAGCACUGCGGCACGCCUUCGUGGCGCACUGGGGCCGCCCCGAGCCCUGGCGCUGUCUCAGCCUUCACCAGCGCGAGCGGCUGCUGUGCCUGGCCGCGUCCUCUGGCCACGUGCCCAGCCUGGACGCGGCCCUGGCGCACUGCGGCUGCGCCCUGGAGCCGGAGGUGCUGACGGCGGCGGCUGCAGCCGGCAACCUGGCGAUCUGCGAGCGGCUGCUGCACGGCGAGGGCUGCUCUAUCAGCGCAGACUGCGCCGCAGCCGCGGCGGAGGGCGGCCACCUGCCCGUGCUUCGGCUGCUGCUGGAGGCAGGGGGCGCCAAGAUGAGGCCUUUAAGUCUCUACAGCGCAUCCAAAGCCGCCAGUUGUGGGGGGCACAGAGCGGUCCUGGACUGGCUGCAGCAGGCGCACGCCGAACCCAUAAGCCGCACGUGGAAUGCGUUGGCAGCGGCGCGGGCGGGGCAGGUGGAGGUGCUGGAGCAUCUGCUGGCAGUGGUGCCAGAGUACAAGGCGGCCGAAGAGGAGGCCGCGGUUGAGGGCGGCGGCGGUGAGGACAAGGGGCAGCGGCAGCCGCGGUGGGAGCUACUGGUCGACAUCGCCAAGGGCUGCCCGGCGGCGGUGCUGCAGCGGCACUACGACCGGCUCUGGCGCUGGCGGGGCAUGCUGCUGGGGGCGGGUGGCGCUGGCGCUGGCGCUGGUGCUGGUGCUGGUGCUGGCGCUGGCGCUGGCGCUGGCGCUGGCGCUGGUGCUGGCUCGGCAUUGCGCGAGUUUGAGGGCGAUGAUGAAGGCCGCGACGAGCUCAUGGCAAGACUGUUGACAGCCGCCAUCAGCAGCCCCACGCCCUGCUGGCCCCAGAAGGUGGACUUCUUGCUGCGCGACUGCUGGGGCCCGGCGGUGACGAGGCAGGUGCUGCGCGGCGAUAACUGCCACCAUCUGUGGCGUAUCUGGGAAGAAGCGGCGGAGCAGCCCGACUUCCUGGCACGGCUGCGGCGCCUGCAUGCCGCGGGGCUGGCCCUGGAUGACGGCGCGGUGGAGGCGGCGGCCUGUGGCGGGCACACCGACGCCCUGGCGUGGCUGUGGGAUGAGGCCGGUGUGCCCGGAGAGCACUUCAUCAUGUGUUAUUCAUCAUCACAGCUGUGGGUCAAACAACAUGUGGCCAGCGACGUUGAGUUACUGAGCUUCCUGCGUGAGCGUGGGGCCGUGUUUAUGGCAGAGCAUGUGAAGGCUGCGACCCAGUACCACUGGCCGGAUGGCCCCCUGCUGUGGCUCGUGGAGGCAGCAGCCGCUGUCGAAAGCCCUGGAGACAGUGGAGGCAGCAGUGUGGAGCAGGAGCAGCGGGCAUGGUCGGCUGCAUUCUCUGCGGUCGCACACCAGGGGGGCGGGCUGCAGCUGUUGCGCGCGCUGCGGGAGAAGCGCGGCGCGGCGGUGGACCUGGGCGCGGUGGUGGCGGGCGGCAGCGAGGAGGCGCUGGAGUGGGCGUGGGAGGAGGCGCAACACGAGGCAGAGCACGGCGCCGGCACUGCACAGGCCCCCAACAUCGACGACUUGGCGCGGUGUGCUUUCCAGUCCGGCAACAUUGCCACACUGAGGUGGCUACUUGCGUGCGGGUUGCUGGUGACACCCCCACCUUAUUACGCGUGGCUGCCGCCGUUUGCGGUUGCAUGUUCGGAGGUGUACCCCGGCACGUUCCACAGGCUUCGGCUGUGGGUCGAGCUGCACACUGCCACGCUGCGGGCUGCUGAUGGGUCGCCAGGUGCGACACCUGCCGCUGACGUGGCGCAUGAUGCAUCGGUCGUUGUUGGGCGCGUGUGGUCCGCGGUGAUGGGGGCAGUGCGGGCGAUGGCUGACGAGGUGGCGGCCGGGGGCGCUGGGGGUGGCGGGGGGCCGCCCUCGCUGGAGCAGCUGCUGCUGCCGCACCAGGUGCAGUGGAUUGAGCGGCAGUGGGUGCGGGCGGCAUAGCGAGCUGGUUAUGGCUGAGCUAUAUAUGGUGGUGUCUGAGGUUUGAUGAGGUUUUGAGGUCUGAGGUUUUAAGGUCUGAGGGGAGGCACAGAGCAUACAUACAGUAUGCAUGGGAGUGUGUACACACGACAAUGUUGGGACUCAAAGGGUGCUCUGAGCGGUACCGUAUGCGCAUAUGUCCUGAUGUUGCAUGCGGCGUUAAUACUGGUACUAUGGUAGGAUGCAGGGAUUUGUUGUUAGCUAAAGAUAACUGGAGCACUUGACCUGUUGACCACAGCACUACCUGGAAGAACUUUACAAGCUUGGGCGUCCUUGCUUGUUGACUGCUUCUAGCUGUAGCCUAGCCGCAGUCCCAGACAUACCGUACCUA